CGGAAUACGUAUUACGACGAAGGGGAGGAGGGAGCGAAGAGGAGGCGUUAUUACUGUUUAAAUAACAAGCGAAGCCUUCCACCCAGCGGCACCUCUUCUGCGGGAAAACUGCGACAGCAACCAGCGACAAGCAUUCCAGCCUUUACAUCGAAGCUUAAACGAUGGCCACCAAAGACAAACUGAUCACCCAUGUGCUGAAGGAGGAGCCAGGGAGCAGCAGGAACAAGGUGACGGUGGUGGGCGUUGGCAUGGUGGGCAUGGCCACUGCCAUGAGUGUUCUGCUCAAGGAUCUGUGUGAUGAGCUGGCACUGGUGGAUGUGAUGGAGGACAAACUGAAGGGUGAAGUAAUGGACCUGCAACAUGGCUCCUUCUUUGUGAAGACACACAAGAUUGUGGGAGACAAAGACUACAGCGUGACAGCUGGCUCCAGGGUGGUGGUGGUGACCGCUGGUGCACGCCAGCAGGAGGGAGAGAGUCGCCUCAAUCUGGUGCAGCGCAAUGUCAACAUCUUCAAGUUUAUCAUCCCCAACAUUGUCAAGUACAGCCCCAACUGCAUCCUGAUGGUUGUCUCUAACCCAGAAUUGUCCAUCUUUCCCUACACAGUGGACAUCUUGACUUACGUUGCUUGGAAGCUUAGCGGUUUUCCACAUCAUCGCGUCAUCGGCUCCGGAACCAACCUGGACACUGCCCGUUUCCGCCACCUCAUGGGAGAGAAACUGAACCUCCACCCUUCGAGCUGCCAUGGCUGGAUCAUUGGAGAGCACGGGGACUCCAGUGUGCCCGUGUGGAGUGGCGUGAACGUGGCUGGCGUCAGUCUUCAGGGCAUCAACCCUAAGAUGGGCACUGAAGGAGAUAGCGAAGACUGGAAGGCGGUGCACAAAAUGGUGGUUGAUGGAGCUUAUGAGGUGAUCCGACUGAAGGGUUACACUUCAUGGGCCAUCGGGAUGUCUGUGGCUGACCUGGUGGCGAGCAUCACCAAGAACAUGCACAAAGUUCAUCCCGUGUCCACACUCAUCAAGGGGAUGUACGGCGUGAAAGAGGAGGUUUUCCUUAGCAUCCCCUGCGUUCUGGGCAACAAGGGUCUGUCAGACAUCAUCAACAUGAGCCUGAAGCCCGAGGAGCAGCAGCAUCUGGUGAAGAGCGCCGAGACACUGUGGGCUGUCCAAAAGGAGCUCACUCUGUGAAGAGCGUAGCGCCCCACGGUACGGUUCUUCAACCCCAAACUAAACAAACUAGCCCUAGUGCAUCCAUUCUGUGUUGUGUCCCUCUGUGGUAAAAGGCCUCCAUUAAGACCUAGGAAGUUGCAAAAAAGUGGAAGCUACUUUCACAUAUUAACAUGCAUUAAGUGUAUUGUUCUUUUUGCUGUCCGCUCCUUUCACAAUACGUAUAACAAGAAUCACAACUAUUUAGCUUUAGAGAUCACACUGUGUUGAGAGCUGGGAAUUUGUGUCUAAAAUACUACGUAUUGUUACUGUGCACUGUUCGGGCUUAUUCUAUACACUCCUUGUAUGCUUUGUGUAUAGUCUGUCAACACUGUAAAAGCUGUAUGUCUGUUUUUUGUCCAUUUUGUCCCCUUGUCUUCCUUUUUCUUGAGUCUGAUGGAGACAUUCCAUUCUCAGCGGGGGCAGAUUUCCUGUCCAACUGAUGUAAUAGUAAUCUAAGGCCUUCUUCACACACAAAGUGCCCUGACAAGUCGGAUAAGAGACAUUGGAAAUUCAAUCCACUCCUGUUUGGGGAUGCUACUGAAUAGAAAUCAUCAAUAUAGACAAAAAUAUGUUGUUUGCACACCAUAAUGCCCUCAAAGAGAUUAUUUAUUUUUUCUCCUAAUUUCAAAAGGACAUUAACAAAGUGUAAUGGUGUUAUUUUCUGAAUAGUCGUUACUGCAGAUGAUACAUUUAUUGUUUCCAGUGCUAUUUAUCAUGAAGAUGAUCAACUGUAUCUGGAGAUAUUUUUACAUCCUGUAGCAUCAAAUAAAGCCAGGAUACAGAAACAAGAA